GUCUCUGUGCCCAGAUCUCGUCCUCAUUUUUCCUGUCGUGCUUGGUUCGACGCUAACUGUCCACUGCACCCAGCACUCAUGGUGACGACUGCUCAGUGGCAAGUUCUUAAGUGUCAGAGUUAAGACCUGAUUUUCUCACGGAUGCCUUUUGUCCAACGAGCCACUUGAGCCACUCACCAUCACUUUCCAUUACAAGCAAUUCUGCUUGACGUCGAGUGGCCCAAUCGCUCUCUCCCUCGAAGGCAACUUGCAACACCGGUCUUUGAUGGAUUGGCUGGGACACAGAUUUUGCACUUUUCUCGGCUAUGAAGACGGUAUAAGAGCUGGGCCGCGCGCGUGGAGAGAAGGACGCGCCUCAUCUGUGCAUUCCGCAUUCCCGAGCCACUCUCCCCGCCCACUCAAGCCCGCCUUCUUGCUAUUAUCAUGCCUCGAGUGGCCACGACCAGCAUCAUCUCACGUGCCCGCACGUCGCCUGUGAACGGCGGCGGUGUCGAUCAUCAGUGCACCGAGUGCAUCAAGAGCUUCAGGCGGCCGAGCGAUCUGGAGCGACACUUUAUUGCGAAGCAUCUGCCUGCGCAAGAGCGGGACAAGUACAUGAAGUACUGCACGUUUCCGGGGUGCAGUCACAAGUCUCUGCAGAAAUCGAACCUCGAGACGCACUACAUCUCUCAGCACACGCAGACCAAGCCGUACAAAUGCUCUCUGGCGACGUGCGACAAGGAGUACGCGGAUCCGUCUGCCUUGUCGCGUCACAAGCACAAGCACAUCGCGGCAGGAGAGAUGGCUGGAUCCUCCUUCUCCUCCUUCUCGCCGAGAUCGGGUGUCUCGUCGUCGAGCUCGGCAUCGUCAUCCCCGAGUCCAAGUUCACUUCCCCAGACACCGGAGCCGGUGGACUUGUUUGGGCAGCGGACUCAAGAUGAGCUGUUCGCGGCUGUGAUGGAUCCAUCACUGGAUCGGAUUGCGGGCGAGGCUGCGUUGGACGCGCACUGUGUGGGCGUCACUUCAUGUGAGCCGCCGACGCUCGAUUACUCGCUGGAUCCGUCGGAGAUGUUUUUCGGGGACUGUUAUGGCGGGCUGGGGAUGGGCAACCUGGACUUCUCCUUGGAUUCGUCGAAGAUGAUCUCCCCGGAGUAUGCGCCUUUCGACUUUCCGGUGUCCGGAUUCGAGUUCAACGAGCCGCUGGACAUGGACUACCUGCUCCCCGUGCCAUCAUCUUGGGACAACUUGUUUUCCUUCUGAUAGACGGACCACCUCUUCUGCUUAUCAUUAUCUGUAUCUAUUUACCUUGGGUUUGACGUGCCAGUGCUACAACGUCCGGCAUUCUGUAUAACGAAGCUAGCGUACUAGAGAUUCUCCGCGAACAACACCAACCGACUACGUCGUAGCGACUUUACCGUCAACUUGGCUGGACAGCUUUGCAAAACGUUCCACGGGCAUAGCGUGUGGGAAACGAACAUUGACACAGACGCCUGAAUAUCAUGCACAGUGGAUAGAAGUACAAAAUGGGACGAAUAAAUAGAGCCGGGAGAUACACAGGGAGACAUCCCGUCACUUUGUUGUGGUGGCAGACGAGAACUUGGUGACCGACUUGGUCUGCAAUGACAGUCAGGCAAAGCGCAGCGCUAUAUGGGAUCACACGUACACCCUCAGAGAUAGCGUGCUUGG